AUGACCAUCGCCGAGGCAAGCACCGCGCAGAGCGCCGUCGUUCUCUCGACAACCCUCGUCGCCUUCGUCUCAGGCUUCAUGCUUGGCGUAUACUCGAUCCGCGGCUACUUCAUCUCACCUGAGCUGCGUGCUGAGGCCCGGGCUAACUAUGAGGAUCCCGUCGAGAGUGAGGAGUCCGACAUUGACGAGGACGACACCAUUCUCGACCACGCGCCUAAUUGGUCCAACGGCCGCGCCGCCGACCUCCGCGACGGUCUGCGCCAACGCCAGACUGCGUCCUCUGAGAAGAAGAAGAGCAAAUCCAAGAAGCCCAACCCCGAGAAAGCGCCUCUCGCUGAUUCUAACGAGGAGUGCAAGCUUGUUCUUGUCGUCCGAACCGAUCUGGGCAUGACCAAGGGCAAGAUGGCAGCGCAAGCCUCCCACGCAACUCUCGCAUGCUACAAGUCGCUGUCCAACGCCGCGGCCCGGGACCCAUCUUCCCCCGCUGCAAAGAUCCUCUCCCGUUGGGAACGGCUCGGCCAGGCCAAGAUCGCCGUGCAGAUCAAGAAUCAGGAGGAGAUGCUCGAGCUCAUGGGCAAAGCGCGCAGCUUAGGAAUCACCGCGGAGGUGAUCGCCGAUGCUGGCCGAACCCAGAUUGAGGCUGGCAGUCUCACUGUGCUCGGUGUCGGUCCCGCUCCUAGGAGCCUUGUCGACCAGGUCACCAGCCAUCUGAAGCUGCUGUAA